ACAGCGCGACCACCACAGCCCAAAGGAAAGGAACUAUAAAUUGGUGGAGAUCUCCACUUCGUCUGACAUUGCUUUGAUCAAAGAGGAGGAGAUGCCCCAGUCUAACAAGGUACGGAACCUGAGGCGAAACGGACGGGCCAUGCCACGCCGACAGAAACGCCGGUGGCCAUUGCAACAUGCUGCCAGCAACCAGCUGGCAGCACUCCAGCCUGGUGGCCCAAUCCAGGAAGAGAGCACACCCUUUGUGCUGGAUUUACAGAACCUGCCAGGAUUAGCCAAUGUGGACCUGAGUGCCCAGAAUCCAAACAUACAGGUGACCAUUGAGGUUGUGGAUGAUCCUCAGGCUGAGAUGGAGAUGGACUUGCUGAAGGAGACUAGCAAUGACUGGUCUCUGACAUCUUCUGAGUGGCUGUCCCAUAAAGACCUCUUCUGGCCCCUUUUCUGGGAGUACACAGAUUCUGUAGAGGAGGGCGAUGAAGAUGACAACUUGGACAUAAGGAGCAGGAGUGAAGAGGUGGAGGAGGAGGAGGAAGACUAUACUUCAGAGUAUGAGGAGGAGGAAACAGUGCUGAGUGGCGUGGGAGGUGACUGGGAUCAGAGGUGGCCCAAUCAGAAGAACUGGAUCUUCAAAGAGAAGUAUAAUUACGACUAUGAAGACGAAGAGGAGUGGAGUUCUUGGUCUCCCUGCGGUGUCACAUGUGGCAGUGGCAACCAGAAGAGAACCAGGUCUUGUGGCUAUGCAUGCACUGCCACAGAGUCGAGAACCUGUGACCUGCACCGCUGUCCUGGAGCAGAUGGCGAGUUAGCUCUUGCCACUGAAGAGACACCAUUUGAAACUGAGAAUGCCACAGAGAUCCUAAAUGCAGAUGUGGACAGCUGUGAGAAAUGGCUAAACUGCAAGAGUGACUUCCUCAACAAAUACCUAAGCAAAGUGUUAUCAGACCUGCCCAGCUGUCCCUGUUCCUAUCCCCUAGAAGCUGUUUAUAGUGCCGUCAACCUGCGAGAUGAGCGGCAAGGCAAGAACUUCCGCUGGCGGGAUGCCAGCGGCCCUAAGGAGCGGCUGGACAUCUACAAGCCCACGGCCCGUUUCUGCUUGCGCUCCAUGCUCUCCUUGGACAGCACCACGCUGGCUGCGCAGCACUGCUGCUACGACGAGAACACCAAGCUGAUUACUCGAGGCAAGGGGGCCGGAGCUCCCAACCUCAUCAGCACGGAGUUUUCCCCUGAGUUGCACUAUAAGGUGGACAUGCUGCCGUGGAUCCUCUGCAAGGGGGACUGGAGCAGGUACCACGCAGUGCGGCCUCCCAAUAAUGGGCAACAGUGUGCUGACAACCCCCUUGAGGACGAGUACCUCUCUCAGCUACAGGAAGCCAGGGAGUAUUAGCACAAACAGAAAAGAGGCUGUAGGCAGCAGGACAGUCUCUGUCUCCGACAUGACAUACUAGAGGACAUAUCAGGAUUUCUCCCUGCCACCCCUGAUCUCUGGCUCCAUUUUUAUGUCAACAAAGACCUCUGCUUUAGAAUGGCUGCAGAGUUAUCCUUUUGAUCUUUUGUCCCCUUGGUAACAAAGUAGGGAAGCUGAAGCACAAACUCUACAGUGGCUCCGGCCUUGUCUCCUCUAUAGUGACCUCCACUUUCUUUCUUGGCUUCCUCGUCACCCAGCAAUUACCACAGCCCAGUUGGCCCAAGGGGUGCUCUCUAACACUUAUGAUGGCCAACAAAUCUUCUUGAGGGAUUAUGGAUACAGGAUGAACCAAGAAAGUGGUGGGUGCUGCAGAUGAACGGCAUACUUUAAAA